GCUGCUGCCUGCUUCCUGCUACACUUGCUGCGUCUCGUGGAAUAAUCUCUCUCGCCUGGAUUAAUUCCCGGGCAAGCGCUUCUCCAUUUCUAUUGUCGUGAAAGAGGGAAGGGCACGUGGAAUAAAAUAGUCUCGAAGGCAGGACAAUUCCUAACGGAUCCGGACUACGUACCGCACUUCUCGACCGCAUACCGGUACACACACACCGUCGUUCUUUCUCUGCUUUCUCCGCUCUUUCCCGUCGUUUCGAAACGUACUUUGUCUUCCACUUAUACGCUCUCUCCAAAGUUCACACCAAUCCACUCAACCGCCCUCACUCCUCCCCCUCCUCUAGCACCCAGCAAAUCGCCUACUCCUUCUCAGCCAGUCCGCGUCAGCAAGGGCCCACAAUCCCGCAAUGUCGCUCGUACAGCCCCCUGUUCCAAGUGCGUUAUCUUCCCCCGAAUCCCGCCUUUUUUGUGCUGCACCUAUUAUCCUUGAUUUUUGUUUCUUGAUCCUGGAUAUGCUAACUUAUGCGUCCCUUUCCCCAAUUUCAACAUAUCAGAUCGACGGCUAUCCCCUUCCAUUGAGCUUGGGACAAAUAAUCCCUUCCGCCGCAGGCUCUCAAAUACUCCCUCUUCUCCCGCUUCUGCCACCAACGAACGAUUCUCCUUCGCAUCUACUGGUGGCAGGCCACAAUCCCGCAACCCUUUUCUUGACGUCUUCGAAGACGAUUUCUACGCCAUCGACCGCCCUUCCACUGCCCACAAGGCCAAUUCCUUCGACUCCUCCUCCGUAUUGCGGCCACAAUUCUCGGGUGCUGCUGCAGAGCUCUUUGUACGUCGUCCUCCCUUGGCCUGUACCCCACAAAACGGACUCGAUGCUAAUAAAUGUGCUCGCUUAGGAAAACCUGACCAUUACCGACCAUUCCGGAGAUACCAACAUGAACAAUAUGCGUGGUCGAUCCAAUGACAGGGAUAAUAUGCCACCACCCCCCUAUCGGCCACAACAGAGCCACGGGCAGUUGUCAAAUGGACACCACCAUUCGAGAUCGUCGGAUGAGAAAGGCGCUCAAUUAAUUCCCAUCGAGUCGACGCCCAGGAACCCACCCCCGAGACAGCGGCCCCCUCCUAACAGUCGUCCUAUUGCCGAUAGGCCCCGAGAUAUGGAUCGUGAACCCAGAAGACGGCCCAGAAGGAAUUCAGACUCGUCAGUAAUGGAGGUGCAUGAGGCUGAGCAGAAAGAUAGGGAAAGACGCGAACGUCGUCACCGCGAACAACGCUCUCGUGGCCAUGGAUCCGGGCACGGAUCAGGCCGUAAAGACAGGGAUGAUCGUGUCCGGCGGGAUAGGGACCGCAAGAAGAAUGGGGCGCCUCUGGAUGUCAUUGAUAAGCUAGAUGUUACCGGCGUUUACGGCACUGGGCGUAAGUUCCUCACGAUUCUAGCUCUACCUGCGACCACAAUCUCACAUCACAUAUUCUAGUAUUCCAUCAUGACGGCCCGUACGAUGCCUGCAAUCCACAUCGUAAUGCGAAGAACUCUAGAAGGCUCGCACCUGUUCACGCAUUCCCUGCCGAUUCCGCCAACAAUGCCCUUUCCGGGUUUGGCCCAGUAAAUGCCAAGGCUGAUCAUUCCCACGUCUUUGGAAAUAGAGAUCCGGAGGCUUUUCAUGAUUUCACGGCUUCCGGAAGACGCCCUUCCGCUCCUGGUGAAUUGGGAUCCACCAAAGCUGUCGGCGCCUUUGAUCCGAAGAAAAAUGUAGAUAUUGUCCAUGGAGAUGAAACACCAGGCCUGGGCACAUCUACUUUUCUGGACGGCACGCUGGCGUCGAGAGCAGCUGUACAGAAGUCGGAAUCGGCAGAUGACCGACCUAGGUCACCGAACGGGAUGAGCAAUGGUGGUGGCUUGCAACGGAAGAAAUCGUUGGCUCAAAAGAUUAGAUCUAUUCAAAACAGGACUACGGAUGGACCCAUUCAAUCGCACCGCCGUCCUCCCCCUCCUCCUAAUAGGUCUCCCACUGAUGGGCCGUAUUCUCCUUCAACUCCGGUAGGAAGUUCUUCUCAUAACAACAACAAUCCAUUCUUUAGCGAUUACGAUGGAGCUUAUGAUAGAAAGGGUGAAACCAUCUCCAUGUCGGAGAGGAGGCCACCCGGGUCCCCAGGGAGGCCCUCCCUUGGGAGAAAUCAGACCGGCGAUGGAAAACCAGGCGAGAACGGCGGCCUCCUGAACCGUGUGAGAAGCUUGUCUAAGCCGAAGAGGCGUAAUGAGUGAUUCCGACAUCGACUAGCUAUACUAGGAAGCUGAAGUAGGUUUGGGAUCAGGGCCAAUGGAGUGUGAUGGUUCAUAUGUGUGAUGGUUCUCGGUGGCAUUUCGAGCGGCGUAACAUUGGCUGCCGAAUUGUCCUUUCUUCUUCUUUUCAUUGUUUUUAAUGUCUACCAUUGCAUUCGUUCGUUUACCCUCCAAACUUACAUCAUUGUUCUCUUUUACUCCCUCCAGCGCAAUUUUUUUCUCCUUUUCUCCUUUUUCUUUCGUAACACAUCCGUAUUUGCAUCCUAAAAUACCAUUGUUUGUGUUCAUUCUGUAAGGGUCGGUAUAAAAUCCCCGUGGAGAGCAAAGGCUGAGAAAUUCUUUAAAUUAUGGAGUUAUAAUUGCCCCAUUGUUUCUUCUACUUUAAAUCCCGCUGAACCCAUCAUAUCAUCCGUGGGGUUAUGCUUUUUCUUUUCUUAUAGUUAUCGGGCGCGGGCGGCUGGAGUGGGUCGAAAUCAUAUGAAGAUCUGGAGAUAUUUUCGAUAGGCAAGGAGGGUGUUUCCAAUUUACUAUUGAUAUCAUAUAUCAACCCG